CCAUCCUUCAACCAUGGCGUCAUUGGCCCCACUCCUGCGCGUCUUCUGCGUCGCCAUUACUUGCCUUCUUAUCACGAGAAUGGUUUCUGCAGAAUGUGCCGUCGGAUCCGGAAAGUACGGUGCAGACUGCCUCGCUUGUCCCGCCUGCGCCAAUGCGGGGACGUGUUUCGACGGGCCAGACGGCAACGGCACAUGCGCGUGCCCGCCUACCACAACCGGCGAUCUGUGCGAAGUCUGCGCGCCCAGAUACAACCCCAACACCAAUUGCACUACAGAAUGUGCCGUCGGGUCUGGAUUAUUCGGCACAGAGUGCCGCGCUUGUCCUGUUUGUGCCAACUUCGGGAAGUGUAACGACGGGGCGGAUGGCAACGGCACCUGUGCGUGCUCGCCUACCACAACCGGCACUCUGUGCGAGAACUGCCUGCCCAACUACGACCCCAACACCAAGUGCACUUCAGUGCUGGACGCGUGUGCCAAGCCGACGAGCGACACAACAGCGGAGGACAGUGCGUUUGCCAAGUACUGCCAGCUCAAGGCGCAUGGCGAGUGCAUCACGGAUUUCAACCUCGUGCCCACUCAGUCCAAGUGUGGCUGCGCCUCUGGCUUUGAGCUUGACACGGAAACCGACGAGUGUGAAGAUGUGGACGAGUGCAAGGUGAAGCCAUCUCCCUGCGUGGACGUGCUUUUCUCCACCUGCACCAACUUGGUUGGCACUUACAACUGCACGUGCACGAAGGGCUAUGCGGCCACGACAGUAGAUGCGAUGUUUAUUGUGAAAACCUGUGUAAAGACCGCCCCCCCCGCCAAACCUGCAAGCAGCUCUGCCCACAUGCUGAACCAGGGUCAUGGAUUUAAUUGGAUGGGGUGAUGAUGUCAUCUCAGAAGCAAAUGUUGAUGAUGUCAUGGGCAACAGUGGGAAUGCGAGGCGUGAUGUCCUCAGUGAGAUUUUUUAAGAAUUCUAAAGAAUGCAGAACCAGGGUCACAGCUUGAAGUGGAUCGGCUGAUGGUGUCAUGGCCACCAAUGGGAAAGCUGACGACCUGUUUCGUCUCCGCUUCGGCCCGUCGCCUGACCUCCCCGACUAGCACAGUCUGCUCCGUCGUCGUGUUCAGAUCUUUGAUAUGGACAUGGAUGAGAUUAGCUCUGCUUUGUAUGCGUUGUUUGUUGAUGACUCUAGUGU